AUGAUUUAUUUAGGCACCGACGAUGUCAAAUCAGCUGCUAAUGGUGCUGCUGUAUCAACUAGAACGAAAGAUCAGACAACAACAAAUGUUGAUACCAAUAUCGAUAAUCUCACGAAGAGAAAAGAUGAUAUAGGUAGAUCUAUAAUUGAUAGUGGUAAUACCGUGAAUGACUCAACUGAACGACGAGCUAGUUUUCAUUUGGGUGGAAAUGAUGAUGAUCUUUCAAAUGAAUCAGUACCAAGAACUUCGCCAGCAACAAAACAAACUGGCGAUGAUGAAUCAUUGAAACGAGAUUCAAAUUUCUCAAGAUUAACUAAUGCUAGUUCAUUAAGAAAAGAAAACUUGUUAUCAUUAGCUGCCAAAGCUGCUAGUACAACAACAUCAUCAUCAACAGUCAAACCUGAUGAUAAAGUAGCACAAGAUCGUUUUAUGCAAUAUCAAAAACAAGCUAAAAUAAAAGCUGAACAAGAAAAAUUGUACAAAGAACAAGAAGCGAAAAAACGUGAAGAUGAAGCGAAACAAGCACGUUUAUUAUCUCGAAAAGAAACGAAUGGUACUCAUACUAAUGACACAACAUUUCGUAAUUCAACAAAACAAACUCCAACAGCAACAUUAUCUGAUACAUCUCCAUCACCUCCAUCUAUGAUUCAAAAUUCAAUAUCAACAUCAUUAAAUUCCCAACAAGAAAUGACUAUUGAUGAUGACCAACGACAAAAAUGUGAGAUUGCAAAACGACGUGAAGAAGAUCGUAAACGUCGAGAAUGUCAAGCACUCAAUCAAAAAUUACCAUUUAAUCGUCAUACUGAUGUUGAUUUUUCAUUUAUGAACUGA